UUUUUAAUUUCUUUACAGAGCUAUAAAUAAUGGUAAAUACAAAAGGCUACAGAAGAGGUACCAGAUACCUAUUUUCUAGAAAGUUUAGAAAACAUGGUGUUGAACCAUUAUCUACAUUUCUAAAAGUAUAUAAAAGAGGUGACAUUGUUGAUAUAAAGGGAAAUGGAGCUUUCCAGAAAGGAAUGCCUCAUAAAUUUUAUCAUGGGAAAACUGGCAGAGUAUUUAAUGUUACGCCACAUGCUGUGGGUGUUAUUGUUAAUAAAAGAGUGAGGUAACUUUAUUUUUUUUUUGAUGAAUAU